UUGUUAUCUUUUUAAUGAAGGUCCAUGUUAACUGAAGUCUGUGUUUUGGUUGAUGUAUUAAAUAUUGCAAAAGAGAAACGUUAUAUGGUCAUUGAUCCAGUUCAUCAAGAAGCACCAGAUCCUAAACCUAUGGUAGUUCUUCUUCAGAAAAAGAAAGCUCUUGCAAAUGCUGCUGCAAUAAUAUUGCGUGGUGCUGAAAGACUGAGAGAUUCACAGUGUGAAAGUGCUAGAAAUAGGACAGCGCCUGAUUUCCAUCUGGAAUUGCUGCACAUGAGACAGUCAUGGAGAUUAAAAAAAGUUGGCAAUAGUAUAUUAGGAGACCUUAGCUAUCGCAGUGCUGGUUCAAGAUACUGGCAGUCUGGUAUAUUUGAAGUCAGUAAAAAUGAAGUUCCAGAGACUCCAGCUCCUUCACCUAACAACAUGCCAGUUCGAAAUAAUGCCAUAAAAGUGACAUUACCUAAUGAAUUGGAAGGUGUCAGUUAUAUUCAAGUAUCUAUUCAAAAUGAUACUGAAACCAUAGCAAGUGGAGAACUGUCCAUUCCACUGCCACAUGGUGCUCUUGCACAAGCUGAAACCCACUGGCAACAGAAACUUGAAGCUGCACAGAAUGUUUUAUUUUGCAAAGAGUUGUUUUCUCAAUUAGCCAGUGAAGCUGUACAGAUGCAGUCUAGUAUUCCUAAUCUUGUAGUAGGAAACCAGAUAACAACUUCACUUUUUCCUGGUGUUCAACUAAGCAUUGGUUUGUGCCAUAGUACAAUUCAGGAUAGAAUUAAAAAUUCUCCAGGUGCACAUAGCAAUGAGCAUAAACCUGUUCUUGAACAUUCAUUGCACCAGUUAUUACGAGAACUGCAUUAUAAUGCAAUUCAUCAUCCAAUGCCACACCCUGUCACUUCGGCAUUAGGAAUCAGCAAACGACGAAGAUUAGCUGGACCUCAGGCUUCAGACUUGGAAACCAUACGGAGAUCUGUUGAUUAUGAAAGUCUUCUUGAGCAAAUUAUAAAGCAGACACGACAUGUGGUUUUAAGACUGAGAACUAUGUAUAUGAUUGACACCUUUGCUUGUGAAAUAAAAGAUCCAUUAAUAGUUGCACAUUGGGCAUGUUUGAAUAGUCCUACAUUAAGUAGUGUUAAAAUAAACAUAAUGACACAUGGAUAUGAAACAAUCUGCAGGACUCCACUUGUGAUACAUGUUGAAGAGAAAAGCCUAAAAGCAAUUUGUAGAGAUGGACGCACAAUGGCAUUAUCAUACGAAGCUCAAGAACUUAGAUAUCUUCUGAUGUGCCAGGUGUCACAACAUCAAGUAAAUGCAGCACAGGCACUUGCCAAGUUAAUGGGAUGGAAGGUAUUGUCAACAUGCAAUAACUUAGGUGUAGGAGUUGUAGAACCCAUAGGAAAUGCAUCAUCUGUAUUAAUGGCAUCUCCAACUGGUGACAGGGUAAUAGCUGUAAGAUGUGGGCCGAAAACAGGUGUGCAUGUAAGUGUUUCAUAUUCUCCUCAACAGCCAGACUUCUAUCCCAGUACCUUGGUUCGUGACAGAAAGUGGCAAAACUUAGCUGGAAGUUUUAGGGAAGUAUUAUGGGAAAAAAUGGAAGGCAGAAAUUUUAUGAAUAAGUUGGAGCAUUUAAUGGCUAGUCUAACUCCAUGCUGAUUUGUAUAUGUAUCAUGUAUUUAAUAUUUCAUUGUGCAUUUUCAUGGUAAAUAAGUUUGUUUUCCAACAUUUUUAUUUAUAUGUUUUAAAUAAUGUAUAUUUGAAAAUAAUAAAAUGUAAAAACUUCA